AUGGCUCCCGCAAAGAAGGGUGGCGAGAAGAAGAAGGGCUGGUCUGCCAUCAACGAAGCAUACAUGAUCAACAUUCACAAGCACAUCCAUGGCAUGGGCUUCAAGAAGCGUGCCUCUAGGGCACUCAAAGAAAUCUGGAAAUUGGCCAUGAAGAAAAUGGGGACUCCAGAUGUGCAGAUUGAUACCAGGGUCAAUAAAGCCAUCUGGGGCAAAGGAAUAAGAAAUGCUUCAUCCUGCAUCCGGGUACGUUUGUCCAGAAAACGUAAUGAGGAUGAGGGCUCACCAAAGAAGCUCUACACAUUGGUAACUUACAUGCCUGUUAACACAUUAAAAAAUCUACAAUCAAUGUGGAUGAGAACUAAGCUACUGAAUCACAAAUGA